AUCUAUCUCUAUAAAACACAACUUUCUCUCUCUCUCUCUCUUCUUCAAUCCCAACUGUCUUUCAAAAAACAAACAAUUACCAAAAUUCAUUCCAAACACUCACACUCUCUAACACACACACAAAGGAAUUCAACAAAAUAGAAAUAAAAAAAUGGUGGUGGGGAUGAUGAAAUGGAGGCCAUGGCCACCAAUUUCAUCGAAAAAGUACGAAGUGAAGAUUAUAAUCAAGAAUAUCAAAGAUGGAAACUUUGAUGAUUUUUCAAAACUGGGUAUUGAAGUUAAGUGGAAAGGGUGUAAUAAAUCAAAUAGCCCAUUAAGUUUUAAGCGAAAAAGCGUAAGAAGGAAUGUUACUAAAGAUGGAUUGUUUAAAGAUGAUGGAAUUGUUGAAUGGAAUGAAGAAUUUGUUUGUGUUUGUAACUUUCUGGGAUUAAAAGAUGGGGGAUUUCAUCAAUGGGAUGUUGCAUUCAUGGUGUUUGAUGGAUCAAAUCAUGGACCAAAACAAGGGCAUGGUGCAUUAGCAACUGGAUCGUUAAACCUUGUGGAAUUUGCCUCUUCUGCUGAGCAAAACGAAACCGAUAUAAACAUUCCUCUUACAAUAUCUGGUGGCAUCACAGAAACUAGUCCUAUACUCUGUGUGUCUCUGAGCCUGCAAGAAUUGAGAAUUGCACAUGAGAGUACAGAACAAGCACAAAGAUCUAUUAUACCUCUUCCAUUGUCACCCCGUAAUUUAGAAGAUGAGCCCUCGGGUCUGAAAGCUGGUUUUCGGAAAGUCAAAAUCUUUAGGGCAAUAUCAGUCAAUCGAGCUAAAAAAUCAUGCCGUGAAGAAGACGGUAGUGAUGGAAAGAGCUCAGUCAGAAGUUAUGAUGCUGACUAUGCAUUUGACUCUGACUCACUGGAAGCAGACGAAGAUGAUUCGGAGGAUGUAAAAGGUGCUGAUUCUACUGUCAGAAAGUCUUUCAGUUAUGGAACUCUAGCUUAUGCAAAUCAUGCUGGGGGGUUAUCUCACUUCAACUCAAGUUCCAGUGAAGACGAAGAUUGGAUAUACUACCGCAACCAUAAAGAAAAGUCCGAUUAUUUGAGUCCAUCUAUCGAGGAACCCUCAGAAAUUCAAAUCUCAAAACGAAGCAUCUUUCCAUGGAGGAAGAGGAAGUUGAGUUUUAGAUCCCCAAAGAACAAAGGUGAACCGCUUUUGAAAAAAGAUCUUGGGGAAGAAGGUGGGGACGAUAUAGAUUUUGAUCGUAGAAUGCUAAGUUCUUCAGAUGAGCGGAAAAGUGAGGACACAAAUACAAAUAGAUCGUCAGUUUCUGAAUUUGGAGAUGACAAUUUUGCUGUAGGUAAGUGGGAAAAGAAGGAAGUUAUAAGCAGAGACGGGUACAUGAAGCUCGAGGCCCAAGUUUUCUUUGCCUCCAUCGACCAAAGAAGUGAGCGAGCUUCUGGCGAGAGUGCUUGCACUGCUUUAGUGGCGGUUAUAGCUGAUUGGUUCCAAAACAACUGGAAUGAAAUGCCAAUUAAGUCACAACUCGAUAGUUUAAUCAGAGAAGGUUCGUUAGAGUGGAGAAAUCUUUGUGAUAAUGAAGUUUAUAGGGAACAUUUCCCAGAUAAGCAUUUUGACCUGGAGACUGUACUUCAAGCUAAGAUACGUAAUCUUAAUGUAGUCCCUGAAAAGUCAUUCAUUGGAUUCUUUCAACCUGAAGGGCUUGAAGAGGGUGAUCUUCACUUUCUUGAUGGUGCUAUGUCGUUUGAUAGCAUAUGGGACGAGAUAAGUAACAUUGGGUCAAACUAUAGCGACAGCAUGAACCCACUGGUUUACAUUGUUAGCUGGAAUGACCACUUUUUUGUGUUGAAAGUCGAACAUGAUGCAUACUAUAUUAUUGACACUUUGGGUGAGAGACUGUAUGAGGGGUGCAAUCAAGCCUAUGUGUUGAAGUUCGACAAAGAGACUGUAAUUGAGAGACUACCUGUUGAAUCUCAAAAGGCAAAUGAAAAGCCGGAAGGCGAAAAAGUUGAUGAAAGUCAAAGUAAGGAGACCUUGGCGGCGGCUGUAGUGACUGACGAGAUAGAUGAAGUGGAGACUAUUGUGUGCAAAGGUAAAGAGGCGUGCAAGGAGUACAUCAAGAGCUUUUUGGCUGCAAUCCCGAUAAGAGAACUGCAGGCGGAUCUCAAGAAAGGGUUGAUGGCGGCAUCAACACCUCUUAUUCAUCAUCGGCUGCAAAUUGAAUUUCAUCACACCAAGCAUUUUCUUGAGAAGCAGACUGUAGAAGGUGAGUUUUCUUUGGUUGAAGCAAGCACUGACACAACGGGUACACGAGUAUGAGAUAACACAAGCUAACUGGUUUUUGUACGUUUAUGUAGUCUAGCACCCACUUCCAAAAUCGUGUUUCUACUCGAACAGGUUAAAAUAGAAUCUUGUUCGUGUCCUUUUAUUGUGCUUAUUUGAUAAGCAUUUUGGGUUUUUGUACGAGUAAUGUCUUCAACAUUACCUCUUAGACGUGUCUAAGAUGGAAGUUUUAAUUGUAAAUGUCUAACACGUACAAAUAUGUUAAAUGUUUGCUGUUGAUGACUUGUU